GCCGCCGCUGUAGCGCCGCGAGGAGCCGCCCGCCCGCCCCGCUCCGCUCCGCCGUGCCCGCCAUGGAGUGCCCGCACCUCGGCUCCAGCGUCUGCAUCGCGCCUGACUCGGCCAAGUUCCCACAGGGCUCGCCCUCCUCUUGGUGCUGCAGCGUGUGCCGGUCAAAUAAAAGUCCCUGGGUCUGUCUGACGUGUUCGAGUGUCCAUUGUGGAAGAUAUGUGAACGGCCAUGCAAAAAAGCAUUAUGAAGAUGCACAGAUUCCUAUGACCAAUAAGAAAACAGAAAAGCAAGAGAAAGUUCAGCAUACUGUGUGUAUGGAUUGCAGUAGUUACAGUACUUACUGUUAUCGCUGUGAUGAUUUUGUAGUCAAUGAUACCAAACUGGGCCUGGUACAGAAGGUCAGAGAGCACCUACAGAACUUGGAAAAUUCAGCCUUUACAUCAGACAGACAUAGGAAAAGAAAACUAUUGGAAAACUCGUCUCUGAACAGCAAGUUAUUGAAAGUAAAUGGGAGCACCACUGCCCUUUGUGCCACAGGCCUUCGGAACCUGGGGAACACUUGUUUCAUGAAUGCAAUCCUGCAGUCACUCAGUAAUAUUCAGCAGUUUUGCUGUUACUUCAAGGAAUUGCCUGCGGUGGAGCUGAGGAAUGGGAAGACAGCAGGGCGGCGAACUUACCAUACCAGGAGCCAGGGGGAUAACAAUGUUUCACUUGUGGAAGAAUUCAGGAAGACACUCUGUGCUUUGUGGCAAGGAAGCCAAACAGCAUUUAGUCCAGAAUCUUUAUUUUACGUUGUUUGGAAAAUAAUGCCAAAUUUUAGGGGAUACCAGCAACAGGAUGCCCACGAGUUUAUGCGUUACCUUUUGGACCAUCUACACCUGGAACUCCAGGGUGGCUUCAACGGUGUUUCACGUUCAGUAAUCUUGCAAGAAAAUUCCAACCUAUCUGCAAGCAACAAAUGUUGCAUAAAUGGAGCAUCUACUGUUGUCACUGCCAUUUUUGGAGGCAUUCUUCAAAAUGAAGUCAACUGCCUAAUAUGUGGGACUGAAUCUAGAAAGUUUGACCCAUUCCUAGACCUUUCGCUAGAUAUUCCAAGUCAGUUCAGAAAUAAACGUACUAAAAGCCAAGAGAGUGGACCAAUGUGCACGCUACGAGAUUGUCUUCGCAGUUUUACAGACCUGGAAGAACUUGAUGAGACAGAGCUGUACAUGUGUCACAAAUGCAAAAAGAAACAGAAGUCCACCAAAAAAUUCUGGAUUCAGAAACUACCAAAGGUGCUAUGCUUACACUUGAAACGCUUUCACUGGACAGCUUAUCUGAGAAACAAGGUUGAUACCUAUGUUGAGUUUCCCUUGCGAGGCCUAGACAUGAAAUGCUACUUGUUAGAGCCUGAGAACAGUGGCCCAGAGAGCUGCCUGUAUGACCUCGUGGCUGUGGUUGUGCAUCAUGGCUCAGGCGUUGGCUCUGGCCACUACACGGCGUACGCGGCGCACGAGGGCCGCUGGUUCCACUUCAACGACAGCACUGUGACCCUGACGGACGAGGAGACUGUGGGCAAGGCUAAGGCCUACAUCCUCUUCUACGUGGAGCGCCAAGCCAAGCCUGGAGCAGAGAAACUUUAAUACCUCCUUUGCAUUCUUACUUACCAAGUCCACCGGACAAACAUUUCCAUUUUUUCCAUAAAUACUUGAUCCAAGAUUUAUUAAUUUCAUUGUGCACUUUGCAAUUUCCUCUUGUGGGUUUUGUUUUGUUGUGUCAAUGGUAGCAUUUGACUUACUGAACUUGGACACAAACUAACUUUUUUUUAGUUAUACCAGAAAACCUCAGCAGAUUUUGAUUUGCUGCUUUAGUUGUGAUAACUCAGUUUUUAUAUAUAUAGUUUCAUUAAAUAGUUGACUUUUUUAUAUUAAUUUUUUCAGUUCUCACUUUCUAAAGGCACAUUUACAUCAAAGAAACUCUGUCCUCCUUACAAGCAAGAUAAAUGUGCUUUUGAUCAUGAAGAGCAAUACAACUUUGUGCUGUUCUCAGUCCUGUUACGUAGAAAUUAUUUAGUCUCUUUAUAUCAAGAAAUUGUUUGCACGUACUAUUUUCCCUCAUGCAAGAAACUUAAACAGUGACCUCUGACCAAUCAUCCUUUGUCUGCAGAAGAGAGGUGAUGUGGCAUCAUUAAAUAGACCAGGUAAUUGCUGCUAUAUUGGUGUGUAUUCAGGCUGGUGACUUUCAGGAUUCAUUGUAAAUAAACGGUUCAGUUCUAUCAAUACUGGAAUUUAAUUCAAGUUCUGCUCAGAUUUGCUCUGCCCCCUGCCCCCUUCAGAUUUAAAACAAUUAUCUUAUGGUUUUUUAACUGUACCUAAAUUGCAUUAGACAUCUCUUGGUUUAGACUGUCAUCCUAAAAUUUGAUCAGGAUCAUUUAUGUACUUGAAAGCUGGGGAGACUUGCUGGCAGUAGAAUCCUAAGUAGAACCCCUUAGUUCCUGGUGGGAGUUAGCCCCAGGGAUUGGGGUUUGUGAGAACAGGCUUAGGUCUAAAUGCAGCUCUCUUCCAUGGCUACAGUCCACUUGGAAGCAGUAGACGAUGUUGCAGGUGCUUUGCUAGAAUUGUUACCAGUUCAAAUGCAAACUCAAGAGGAUGCUCAGUGUCACACAGCAGAGCCCGCAGAGGAGAGGUGCCAAGCCAAGUGCUUGUGACUGGAGCAGACUCAGGGAGCCUGAACUCGGGGAGCUCCUGUGGCAUUUAUCACUGGUCCAGGGUGCAUUUUUCUUCAGUCUCUAGGUGAACACUGGGGCCAUGGUGCAGUUUCUAAAACCUGGCUACAUAAUGGAGAAAGACUAUGCUAAAAAAACCCAAACCAGUUUUAGCUCUACUGCUGAUGAGUGGAAGUCAGGUACUAUAAGGGGAAAGACAGACAGGAAAAUACAGCAAAAGCCAGGAAUCUGAUAGAAAACAUAAAUUGGAAAAAUACUGCAUUUCAGAUCUGUUCCCCCAGUCUGUCUUAGCUGGCUCUCCUGUGCCAAGCAAGGAGCUGGGCACGCCCCUGAAAGCUCAGUAAGAGGAGAAUACAGUUCAUGGAGAGUCCCACCACCAAAGCAGCAGCUCUUAGUUGUGUUAGCAGAAAAUGCAGUUGUGUGAAACACACAAGAACUCCAGCUGUGAUAAUGCCCCCAAAGGAAACGGGAGGGCUGGAGUGGAGCCCAGAGCAGCCAAAGGCACAGGGAGUGCACAGCAGGGCCGUGCCCUGGGCUCCUGCUGGCUGUACACAGGCCAAGGUAAGGACAAAUCACAGUCACAACUUUGGUACAGGGCCACUCUUCACAACUUUGUCACAGCAUCUUAAACCAGGAAAGGGAGAAGUUGGUUUAAUCUAAAAGUGCAGAAAUUGUUCAGCGUAACUAAUGGAUUUUGAAUAUGUACACAGGUUAAGACUACAAAGUUAUUAUUUGAUAUAGUGACAGUUACAAGGAUGUUGUCUUUUGCUUAAGUUGAAUAGUAAAUAGAACUUGUCAUUGCUUUAAACUGUAGAUGGUUUGUCACCUUCCCUUCCUUACAGGCAGAGCCUUUCUUCUAAUCAACGAGAAUAGGUUGCUGAUCCUUACACCAGCAGAAACCAGGGCAGGUAAAGCACUGUACCACAUUGCUGCCCUUCCUCACAGGGAGCAGCACGAGAUGCCACCUCUAGCUGUGUUUUCUCUGCAUGCUGCUUGUACUGGAUUGCCUUUGAGAAUGCCAAGCUUAAAAUAAACAACUCUCUCUGGGCCAGCAACAGUUUUAACUUACAGUAGUCAGAUGUAUGCUGUGUUCUUGCAAAACAGUGAUGUAAAUGUGCCUUUCUGCAUUUUUAGAAAUUCAAAUUUGUAAUCUUCAACAUUCACUUAUUUCAGUCAGCUUCUUGUCAGCAAUUGUUUGGGUCAGAGUUAUGUUCUCACUUGAGCAUUUUCUUUCAGUCCCUUUGCUGUGUCCCACACAGCUCCUGGGCAGUGGUGUCUCCAGCAGGGCCAUGUGGGGCUGCUGGGGAACGCGAUGCAAUCACAGCAGGCUGUCCUUGCAGCAGGUGCUGCUCAGGACUCAGCCAUAUGCUUUGCUGGAACAUUGUAAAUCCUUUCCUAAUUUAACUUUCUCCCACUGCAAACCCAGAUGGACAGUAUGAACAGUUUGUUGUGGCAACACAAGUAUUUCUCUUCCUGGUGGAGAACUUUGCUUAUCCACUGUAUUCUAUUCAGUGUGGUGUCAAAAAAAAAAAGUAACUGAGCACUGAACCAGUAACAUAUACUGCACCUGGCCUAAUACUACCUUUUUAACCUAGCUUGUAUAUCCUAUAUUUAUCUACUAGCUUGUGGGGGGGGGAAUAUCUCUUUCAUUUAAGCCAAAUGUUUCUUUUCUACUUACUGCUCAUCAUAGUACACACUAGUUGGCAAGAAUUUUUUUUCUUGCUUGAGACUGCUCUGCAAGCAGCAACUGCUCUCUACAGUUCAGAGACUUGCAUCUUUUUCACCAAAAUGUGUCCAAUCAAAGAUUGUCCUUUCAUUAGUGUUUGUUUAGCCACAUAUACAACUGGAGCCAAGAUUUAUGUCAAUCAAAACUGCAAAAUGUCCAGCUCCUUAAUGUCAGCAAGAGAGGGGAGUUUAAAAGUUUGAGACAGGCAGGGACAGUGGACUUGUAUCAAAAGCAGGAGGCCAUUUCUGAAGAUUUUACUAAAUCAUUGGGAAGUGUAACACGUGGUGUUCAGAGGUUCCCCCAGCAGUGUUUCAUUACUGAUGUGUCUGUGUCUUACUGAUGAGGUAAUGGGCACCCUGACAGCUGAUUCCAACGUGCUUUAGGAUAUUCUCAAGUACUGUAGUGCCAUAGCUGUAAUUGUUUACCAUUAAACUCUUGUGUGUAAUUUUCAGUGAGGAUUACUGACUGUGCUCAUCUUGUGUGUUUCUGGAGCAUUUCCAGGAUGAAUGUGAAUUAUAUUUCAUCACACAGUA